UUAGGAUGUUUACAGUCAGCCAAGACAGAAUGGAAUCAGAUGAAUUACCCACUGAUUGAUUUUGCCUUUUCCAUCUAAUCGCAAGACCCUCUAUUAUGCAUCUAUCUAUCCUCACAUUCUGCAGCAGUUCCCCCAUGCUGUGACCAUAUGUAGUGACAUGUGUCACUUGUUGGAUGGGUCACUCAAGCUGACCUCAGGAUGACACCAACCCAGAUGUCCAACACAUUUGUUUGGGGUUAGCAAACAUGGCAAGGAACUAAAGCCACCACAGCCACUGAAGACUCUUAAAAGCCAGCUGAGGACCAGGCUGCACCAUAAAAGGCAUACACAACUCGCUGCAAAUGAAGUGCGAGGAAAACGGAUAGAGUUUGGGAAAAUGGUUGAGGGGGCAAAACGUGAGCAUGUGGAAGCAAUUACGGGCCGCAUGCGGGAUCGGUUAGCUUAAGGGUUAGCAAGGGUUCCUGCCGGGUGCCUGUAACACUGCAGAGGCGGCAGCCAAGUCUGUUUCCCCACUCAAAACUGCCGCCACACCCCACCCUCCUCAAUCCACUCCAUCUCACUUGAAAAAAAAGAUUGCAUGGCUCUACAGCCGAGAUCUCCCUGAAGAGGUCUGCAAGGGAAAACGGAGAAGAGAGGGGCGGGGGGACUAAACGAAAAAAAUAGUGUCUUCUGAUUCCAACUAUGACCUACUUGCCUUAACCGAGAUGCUUGCUCAUGGACGAAUCCUACACGGAAUCGUAAUAUGGAGUAUGGAUAGCUCGUUGCUGGGAGGGGUCAGGAGGUUAUUGAUAUUGUUAGGCUAAGGGGACUGUGCAAAUGCAUAAAUAGCUGGAGAGGAGCGUCCAGGUCUCGCAGUCUCUCUCAGACAGCCCAGGCAUAGGUGACCUCCACUCCAGUCCAGCUCAUCUGUCUCUGCAAAACCCUAGACCCAACAUGGAGAUGAUGAAAUCAGUGUUUCAGAGCCAUGUGCUGCAGUGGGUCACUCUGACACUGAGCCUGCUGAGUGGAAUCUGCACCAUGCCUGUGAGUGUGGACUCGGUGUGCUCUGCACCAUCCACAGCCAAAUACAGCCUGACGUUUACGGGCAAGUGGAGCCAGACUGCUUUCCCUAAGCAGUACCCCGUUUAUAGGCCCCCCGCUCAGUGGUCUCCGCUUAUUGGGGUAACUCACAGCUCAGACUAUCAUAUCUGGCAAAAGAACGAAUACGCAAGUAACGGGGUGAGAGAGUUCUCGGAGAAAGGAGAGGCCUGGACUCUGAUUAAGGAGGUGGAGGCAGCUGGGGAGCGCAUCCAAAGUGUAUAUGGCCUCUUCUCUACGCCAGCUGUGCUUGAUGGAACCAGCCAGACGACCACAGAGUUUGAGGUUUAUGCAAGACACUCCUUUCUGUCCUUUAUUAUGCGGCUUGUGCCAAGCCCUGACUGGUUUGUCGGGGUAGACAGUCUGAAUCUGUGUGAAGGAGACCACUGGAAAGAAAACAUAAGCCUCGACCUGUUUCCCUACGAUGCUGGCACUGACAGUGGCUUCACUUUUUCUUCACCCAACUUCGAGACUAUUCCCCAAGAUAAAGUUAUGCAGAUCACAUCAUCAUUUCCAAGUCACCCAGCUAACUCUUUCUACUAUCCUCGACUCAAACAUCUUCCCCCGAUUGCCAAGGUCACACUCACCAAGAUCAAGAGCAAUCAGAUCUUUAGUCUGCCCAUUGAGCCCACACAGUCCAACCAGAUCCCCACUGGCAAUGAAAUCAAUGAGUCUCUUAUAAAUACCCCUCUCGACUGUGAGGUUUCUGCCUGGUCACCUUGGGGUCUGUGCAAAGGUCAGUGUGGUGAGAAAGGAGUGAGACAUCGGACGCGCUACAUCCACAUACAUCCAGCCAACAACGGCGCUGUCUGUCCGCCACUGGAGGACGAGAAGCCCUGUGUUCCCGACAACUGUGUGUGAGGAGAAAUGGUUUGGGGACUUGCCAAAUGAGGCCAGUCGGUCUAUCUUAACAUUUUCCUCUCUACAUUGGGGACACGUGCCAUGCCCAGCACGAAGUGGUUUGGACUCCAGAUUGAAAAAAGGGGCUUGUUACCAGAAUCCCAAUUUUCAAACUGUUUACAGAAACCUCUAAACAGCUAUUUCCAAACAAUUAACAAAAUUCCAUUACAGUAGAGGUUCUUCAAGACCAUAAUGCACACCAGCAGGCAUACCAUACACACUGAAGCUGAAAUCAAUGUGCCCAUAAUGCUGUUUAAGAGACAUUCAAAUAAGAGCUAGACUGCACAUAGUUUUUAUUGCAUACAACAUUAAAUACCUUUCAGUACUGUAAGAAAAUCAGCAUUAGCUAAGCUAUGAACUGAUGCCCUUAUGUGGAAUGAGUGGCCAGACACAAAUCAACUGUAUCAAAUCAAGUAAUUAAAACAGAUAAAGGGCAUAUAACUAAUGUGUUGUGUAUAAUGUGUCUGUGCUGUAUGUGUUUGUACCUGAUUGUACAUUCAUUGCAAUACACUGUAUAUAUACACUGUAAAUAUGAACAAAUAAAGUGUUUCUUGUCAA